GAGUUGUUUCUGAUAAAAGAAUAUGGUAAAUUAUUUAGUUGGUCACCAAAUUUUUGAAUAUUUUUAUUUUGAUCACCCAAAUACUUACAGCUUCCACAUUCUUCUUCUUCCUUUGCUCCCUAGUUCCAGCUGCAGUCUCUUGCCCAUAAUAAUGGGUUUCGCCUAGUUUCUGGAGACAGUCAAUCUGUUUAUCAGAUACUUGUUGGAUAUAUCAAGUUGCUGCUUUGGUUCAGUAUUAAUGGCCUCUCUCAUGUUCUAAAGGGUGAUUCAAAUCAGAGUAAAAGCAGCGAAAAAGAAGUAUGUAAGUUAAUAAAAGGUUGAACCCCAUGGAAGUGGAGCAAGUGGGGGUAGCAGAGCUAGACUUUUUAGAACCCAAUAUCUGGUGGAGUGCACAGUGCAACUUCAGCCAUGGAGUACGUUGGCCGGUCUUAGUUGUUCGUAAUCUGAUGGGACAAGUAUGGUUGAAGCAGGGGGUGGCGUGGAGGGAAAAAAAUGGGUCAAGGAAGAUGAUGAACACUAAUCGGGAGUCAAAAAAUAGUAAAAGAUGAUGAUGUGACGUGCACCAUCAGCAGUUGAUUAAAAUGUUUAAUUAUUAUAAUGGUAGUGGCUAAAUUGUAAAUAUUUUUAUUUAGAUGUCUAAAAUGAAAGUGUCAAAAAAAAUUAGAUGACCGACAUUAAAAAUAAAAAAACCCCCAGGAAUUAGAAAAAUAAAAAAGCUAAAUUUAAUAAUAAAAUUUUAUGUCCACAUUGGUGGGGCACAGAUAGGGGCCAAAGGAUUUUUAUUCUUCUCCAUGCUUAUAAAUGUGUUCUGACCUUCGAAACUUUUCAGGCCGAGAACAUCAAUAGGAGUGCUCUCAGAAUCAAAGGAAAUGGUUUUUCAAUUCAAUUUUCCAGUUCUUCUAUUAUGUCUUAUGUUUUUAAUGUGUGGCAGAGGCAAUGCAGUAAGGGAUUUGGAAGGGAAACAUGAUUUUGAAAGCCAUGGCAGAGACGACGAAGUGGAGAGUUUAGAUGACAAGUACGUUAGCGCUUACUUUCAUCAAACUUUUGAUUCUGCAAAUCACUUUGAUGGAGGUGAUGAAGUGAAGAAUUUAGAAGACAAAUAUUCAACGGCUUACUUCCACAAAUCGUUAGAUUCUGGAAACCAUGGCAGAGAUGACAAAGCAAAGAUAUUGGAAGACAAGUAUGCUACUGCGUACUUCCACAAGACUUCUGUUUUUGAAAACCAUGGUGAAGGUGACAAAUUAAAGAGUUUGGAAGAUAAAUAUUCCGCGGCUUACUUUCACAACACACAAUCUUCCAAAAUGAUGAAGGAUCACAACAUGGAACAUCACCACCAUUACCAUAACCAUGUUGAAAGUGCAGAGAUAGGCUUGUUCACCAUUGAUGAACUACAUACCUUUAACGUAGGGAAGAAAUUACCCAUCUUUUUCCCAAUAAAAAACCACUCUCUUUACCCUCCUUUAUUGCCUAAACAAAUUGCUGACACCAUCCCUUUUUCAUCUUCCCAAGUUUCUAAUAUUCUACGAUUCUUCUCAGUUUCUCCGGACUCCCCCAAAGGCAAAGCUGUUCAAGAUACACUCGCAAAAUGCGAACUCGGAGCAGCGCAAGGGGAGACCAAAAUCUGUGCUACCUCUUUAGAAUCUUUACAUGGUUUUCUAAGCAAUGCAUUUGGACCCCAUGUUGAUUUCAAGUUCAUAAGCACAAGGCAUCCCACCAUAACAACCCCACUCUUUCAAAGUUACACAGUUUUAGAAUCCCCUGAAGAGAUUGAAUCUCCAAAGAAAGUAGCAUGUCAUCCAAUGCCAUAUCUUUAUGCAGUUUAUUUCUGUCACUUUGAUGCCACUGAGAUUAAAGCUUUCAAACUCCGUUUAGUUGGUGAUGUUACGGGAGAUAAGGUGGAUGCUGUUGUUCUUUGCCAUAUGGAUACUUCAGGUUGGAGCUCUGAUCAUGUCGCUUUUCGCAUGCUUGGUAUUAAGCAAGGAAACACUGUUUGCCAUGUAUUUUCUCAAGGUAAUCUUGUUUGGAUUAAUCAGCCAUCGGAUAUCGCUGCCGGUGCCAUAUAAGUGUUGAACUGUUCGAUGUAGCACUCAUUUGCCACUACGUAUGGAGACCUUAUCACAAUAUAAGUAUUUAAGAGCUAGUCUUAUGUUCACUAGGUUUCAUGGUGUUUCGUUAAUGGUGUGACUUUCUAUCUAUAUUAAGUAUCAAGUAAUUAAGCAAUAAAAAGUAUUGCAUUAGAGUUAAAA